AUGCCUUUGGGAAUUAAUAACCCACUUCCCUCGUCGAUGAGGAGCGAGUGCAGGAAAGCUGGCAAGAUCCUCACCUCAUUCGUCGAUCCCAGGCAAGCCUUUGGACCCGAUAAGAUUAUCCCCCCGAGAUCCUCGCUGGCGCAAAGGUAUUUCUUGGGUCUAGCUAUUCUUUCCGUCCUCAAGGCAGGCUUCCUCGGAUCUGGUCGAUUUGGCUCCGGCAUUGUGGUUGCUCGACUUGCCGAUGGCUCCUGGUCUGCGCCAUCUGCGAUUGCCACUGCGGGCGCAGGGUUCGGAGGACAGAUUGGAUUUGAACUGACCGACUUUGUAUUCAUUCUGAACGACGCCGCUGCCGUCCGUAGCUUUUCGCAAGCCGGCAGUAUCACAUUAGGAGGAAACGUGUCGAUUGCAGCUGGCCCUGUAGGUCGAAACGCCGAGGCCGCUGGUGCGGCUAGCACAAAAGGUGUGGCAGCUGUCUUUUCAUACUCCAAAACCAAGGGGUUAUUUGCCGGCGUCAGUUUGGAAGGCAGCGUCCUGGUUGAACGGAAAGAUGCGAAUGCAAAGCUUUAUAAUGGAAGUAUCACUGCCCGUCAGCUUCUGUCAGGCUCGGUACCGUCUCCACCGGCCGCCGAACCUCUGAUGCAGGUCCUCAAUUCUCGCAUCUUCUCGGGAAAAUUCCAGAGCCGCGAUGGGAUGUAUAACGAUAUUCCGGUCUACGACAAUUCCCAUGACGAUGUCGUCUGGGAAGGUCGCACAGGCUCGGCGUACGGCGAGGGACAAAGGAGAGAACGAGGUGGCUCACAGUCUACUUAUGACGACUCCUCUGAUUAUCGUGGUGGUGGGACUCGCCGUACAACAACCUGGCACGAUAACGUCUAUGACCGACAAGGCCCUGACUCCCUGAACCGCUCCGCCACAACAAGAACUAGGGGAUAUAAUGACGACGAAUUUUACAGUGACCGGUCACGGCCGACUCGUCCUACGGCUCCCAAACCUGUCUUCGGACAGCGCACAGGAGCCAGCGCCGGUCUACGCGAGGACCAGGCAAUUGCUCUAUUUACAUUUGACGCGGAUCAGGAUGGAGAUCUAGGCUUUAAGAAAGGAGAAGUUAUCACGAUACUCAAGCGAACCGACAAAGCAGAAGAUUGGUGGACUGGCCGAAUUGGGGAACGCACUGGCAUUUUUCCCAGCAAUUACGUCGACCCUGUCACCAAGUGAGAUUUGUUCUAGAAUGUAUGUAUUUCUUGUACAUUCUUGGUUUUGCUAUGAUGCCAUGAAAGCAUAUUCUUUCCGUAUACCAAUUUCAGUGUUGAUGUUGAUGCAAAUCCGUGGCCGCGAAAAUUGAAAUGAUUCAUGAGUAUUCUGCUCGGG